UUCUCUGAUUGUUUAGAAACAACCAAACAUGGCCUUACUUGCGGAGUUUGAAGGCUUUGACUACAGCUUCCCCUGCCAUUUCUUGUGUUCUUCACCUGCAACUACUGCGCGAAUUGAUGGAGGCCUCCACUCUCUUCAGAGCCUUUAAACCCUUUAAUUUCAAGCUCACAGCAUCUAUUCCCAUUCGAUGCUCUUCCAUUUCUUCCGUUCCUAGAAUUCACACAGGUAAAGGAGGAACGCUGAAGAGGGCGUAUGAUGGGUUGUUAUUAGAUGCUGGGGGCACACUCCUGCAGUUGGCCAACCCGGUUGAGGAGACUUACUUGACAAUUGGCCGAAAAUAUGGUCUGCAGUCUACUGCAGCUGAUAUAAAACAAGGUUUCAAGAGAGCUUUCUCUGCUCCGUGGCCUGAGAAACUCCGCUACCAGGGUGAUGGUAAGCCAUUUUGGAAACUUGUUGUUUCUGAAGCCACUGGCUGUGACAACACAAAUUACUUUGAAGAAGUGUAUGAGUAUUAUGCCAAUGGUGAUGCAUGGCAUCUUCCGGAGGGGGCUUAUGAAACUAUAUUAUGUCUGAAAGAUUCUGGAGUUAAAUUAGCCGUUGUGUCCAAUUUUGACUCCCGCUUGAGGAAGCUACUGAAGGACCUCAAUGUAUUAGAUCUGUUUGAUGCUGUCAUCAUAUCCUCGGAGGUUGGUUAUGAGAAACCAGAUGGAAGGAUAUUUAGAGCUGCUUUAGAUCAGAUCUGUGUAGAGGCCAGCAAAGCAGUUCAUGUUGGAGAUGAUACAAAGGCUGACAAGGCAGGGGCUAAUGCUAUUGGAAUUGACUGCUGGUUAUGGGGUAUGGAUGUGAAGAACUUCUCAGAUAUACAAAAUCGCAUCCUUCUGUCACAGUCCUAAACAAAGAAUUAACAAGCUUUUUUAAGUGCUGAAGAACUCAAAGGUGCAGCCAUCCGCUGGCCACAUCUGAGUCUAAGUUUAUGGAGCAUAGUUGUUGGGUUCUAUAUGGCUGUUUACAUUUUGUCAGUGCUCUGCCAUUAUUGAUGUCGAAUUAUGUACUUAACCCAGAAUGAAACCAUUGGCCCAGAUUCGAGGGACACAAGAGGAUAGAAUUGAAUCUUGGCUGGAGAAUCUGGAUCCACCAGGAAUAAAAGAACCCUAAAGUCUAACUUAUUCCUGUUCUCGAUUGAUGUACAGCCACAUACGAAUAUUAUCCUUUCUGUUCACAUGAAAUCUGAACCAUGAAAAAUCACUCAUACAAA